AUGUUUGGAUUUCCUCUUUUCAUAUUUGCCCUAAGUCAAAGUGUAAAUCGAAUUGUAGGUGAUGAAAACGCCACAUUUACUGCUGACGAAAUAGAUCAGAGAUCUGCUAAAGAUGGUGAUUACGCCGGUUGCUUUCCUCAGGGAUGCUUACACUUCGAUUAUGUCGUCAAUAUCUCAGAGUCCCACACACUCGACAUCUGCACAGCAACAUUUCACCCUUCUGAAACACCAGGCAACACAUCCUUUGAUACAGUGAGAGAGAAAUAUAAUACAUCGUCCAAUGGAUCCUUUGAAGGGACAGUACAUGUUGACUACCAAGGUGUAUUGGGUACAGUGUGUGCCGAUGACUGGGAUUUAGAUGACGCCCACGUCGUUUGUCAUACAUUGGGAUAUCCACGUGCUUCUGCUUAUUACACCAACGCAUUCUUUGGCGAAGGCAUAGGGGAAAUUAUCCUGGAUAAUGUGAAUUGCACGGGAUCUGAGUCAAACAUCGCCUUUUGUCAACACAACGGUUACCUAUCUCACAACUGUGAGCAUCGUCAAGAUGCAGGAGUCACUUGUGACGGCAUUGUUCCUGUGCGUCUUGUUGAUGGGGCUUCGCCCAAUGAAGGGCGAGUCGAGGUGAACUACCAAGGAACAUGGGGUACAAUCUGUGAUGACUCUUGGGAUAUCAACGACGCUACCGUUGUUUGUCGAAUGCUAGGUUACCCUGGAGUCUCUUAUGCAUUGGUGCGCUUCGGAGAAACCACAGGGGAUAUCUUCCUCGACGACGUCGAAUGUGAAGGGUCAGAAACGCACAUCGCACAAUGCACACAUGGCGGCUAUGGGAUCCACAACUGUGAUCAUUCUAGAGACGUUGGUAUUAUAUGCAGCGGAGCAGCUAAACUCAAGGUUCGCCUCGUAGACGGACCGGAUGAGAGCCAAGGUCGUAUUGAGUUGUUCUACUUCGGGUCAUGGGGUACUGUCUGCCAUUACAGCUGGACCUCGUUGGACUCAGAAGUGGUCUGCAGAAUGUUAGGAUUCGUCGGGGCUAUAGCAUAUUCAACCUCCUCAUCAUACGGACGUGGGACAGGGGAAGUGUUACUACGUUGGCCGAGAUGCUCUGGAAAAGAAUCGAGUCUUCUUGAGUGUGAUCCAUAUUAUGAUCUGGAUGAUCUUCGGGUUCGUUUGGUCGGCGGAAAAUCUGACAAAGAAGGCCGUGUUGAGAUUUUAUACCUUGGUACUUGGGGGACAGUGUGUGAUGACAACUGGGACCUAAGUGAUGCAAACGUAGUUUGCCGAAUGCUCGGCUACGAACGGGCGGAGAACUUCUCCUGCUGCGCUGCCUUUGGACCAGGACCUGGACCUAUUGUUCUGGAUGAAGUGGAAUGCGAGGGUACAGAAGCAAACAUAGGCCAUUGUCGAAGAAGUGACUACGAAGCCCAUGACUGUGAUCACUCGGAGGAUGUUGGUGUCUUGUGCAUCGGACAUGGUAAUUGCAGUUUAAACACAACACAAAACGAGACAGAACAAGAACAGCAACAACAACGUUAA